AUGCACUCUUUCAGAACGAGUGGUUCACGUCUGGUACCUUCACUGAUGGCGCCUGCGCAGGACAACAGACGUUGGUCUGUUGCUUCUUUGCCGUCUUCGAGUGGCUAUGGAACACCGGGAAGUAAUUCGGCAUUCUCGAGUGAGUAUUCCUCACAGGAGCAGCUCUGUGAUGCACUUGGCGAACUGCGAUUCAGCAGCAAUGAUGGGUCAAACGAGGAAUGCCAAACGCGUCCCCGUUCUCGCAGUUUAACGUAA